AUGGUAUUACAUGCAUUGUCUGACUUGAACCCCCUGACUCGGACUAUAAAUAGGCGCAAAAUGGUACACGAUUCAAACAUAAAAAAUAAACUCAAAGUAUAAUAGAAAAAAACAUAUUAUAACGUCUUCUUUAUUGUUUCAUGAAAAUGUCUGGGGUUAGGGCACCAACGUUGAUGUUUCUUCGCAGCCUUAUAAUGGCUUCAUACUUCGACACCACAGGUUUAGUCAUCUUUUAAGCUUAUGUAGCAUCCAUUAAUUAAUCAUCUUCUAUAACCCCGUUGAUUAUAUUUUACUUAAUGACAAUUUUAUUACUAGCUGGACAAAUUGGAGUAUGCUUUGGGCAGUUGGGAAAUAACCUACCAAAUCCAUCGGACGUUGUGGCUAUGUACAAGCAGUACGACAUCCAGCGAAUGCGGAUGUACGCUCCCAAGACGGAAGCUCUCGAAGCUCUCCGUGGCUCCAACAUCGAGUUCAUCCUCGACGUUCCCAAUGGCGAACUAGAAGGUAUCGCAAAUAGCCAAGCGAGUGCCAACACAUGGGUCCGAGACAACGUCCAAAAGUACAACGAUGUCAGAUUCAAGUACAUCUCGGUAGGAAACGAGGUGAAACCAGCGGACACUGCUGGGAAGGGGACGACUCUCAUCCAGGCGAUCCAGAACAUUGAUAAAGCGCUUUCCGAAGCAGGCCUCAGUAUCCCGGUCUCCACGACAACAUAUAUGGGAGCCUUCAUGGACACGUAUCCUCCGUCGCGCGGAAGAUUCAGUGAUGAGUAUUUGAACUUUCUCAAACCGGUGAUAGGUUUCUUGGUCAGCAAGCGAUAUCCUUUGCUCGUGAAUAUCUACACUUACUUCGGCUUCAAGAACGGCGACGUGUCUCUAGAAUUCUCUCUGUUCAAACCGAGCAGUAAUGAAUUCAAGGACGACAACAACCAGCUCGAUUACAAAAACCUCUUUGACGCCAAUCUCGACUCAGUUUACGCGGCAUUGGAUAAACUGGGCGGGGGAUCGUUGGAAGUCGUGGUGUCGGAGAGCGGUUGGCCCACGCAGGGAGGGCUCGGGGCAAGUUUGGAGAAUGCGAAGGAUUAUAUUAAUAAUUUGAUACAACAUGUGAAGAAUGGAUCUCCGAGAAGGCCAGGGAAGGCUAUAGAGACUUACAUAUUCGCCAUGUUCGAUGAGAAUCAGAAGCCGAAUGAUGAGACUGAGAGGUACUUUGGGCUGUUUCUUCCUACUACUAAACAGCUUAAAUAUAGUGUUAAUUUCAACUAAUCUCCCUGGAGAGACUUCUUGAAGAAGCAAGGGCUAGUAAAGCAGUGAUGCCGUAACUGGUAUUUGUCUAUUUGAGUGUUAAAAAUGUGUGAACUUGUUGUAAUAAUAAGGACUAAUGAGCCUUAACCGUUGUUUUUACUUAAUCUGUUUCAGUAAUGUAAUGAGAGUUGUUUACAAUUCUUCAAUAUAUAUAUGUUGUUCGUUCAUCAACACUGCCUCUAUUUCUGUCGUCCAAAACUGAAAUCGACACCAAGAAGAAAAUUCUUCGGCUAUUAACUAGGAUAACUACACAAUGCUUAUACUGUUCUAAGUAAGACAAGUCACAUGUCCCUUCAUGGUUGCAAUCUUUAGUACCAAACUCAAUCAUGGUCUGAGUUUUA